CGGAUAAGAGCGAUGAGUCUUCGUCAUCGUCGUCGUCGUCGUCGUCGUCGUCUCCCUGCGCGCGAGCGAUCAUGACGCCGACCGCCGUCGGCUCCGGCGCGCCGCCUCUCGAGUGGAAGCUCUCUCAGGUCCUCGGCGAGCCGUCUCCCGGAGAGGAAGCUCGCGACGAUGACGUCGUAUCUGCGAUCGAGUUCGAUAAGACGGGGGAUCACCUCGCCGUCGGCGACCGCGGCGGCCGUGUCGUCAUCUUCAAGAGAAAGGACGGCGGCAAAGAUCACCGUUUUCGGAGUCAGUUGGAGCGGUCGGAUUCUGACUUGGCAUGGCAUCCCGAGUAUCGGUAUAUGACUGAAUUUCAGAGUCACGAACCCGAGUUUGAUUACUUGAAGAGUUUGGAAAUUGAAGAGAAAAUCAAUAAAGUUAAAUGGUGUCCAAUGCCCAAUGGAUCGCUUUUCAUGCUUUCGACCAAUGACAGGACAAUCAAACUCUGGAAGGUAAAGGAGCGUAGGAUGAAGAAAGUGAGAGACAAGGAUCUCAAUCCUUAUAUUUCUCCAGAGAAUGCACUACUGGCAGAAAGAAGUUACUUAAGUGAUCAAGAGAAUAUUAAUUGUGAUGAUGGCUAUCAUGCGGAGGGGACAGAGAAAAUAGCUCAGCAAGAGUUGCCUUUGCACGAACUUCCAGGGAUUGCUGAUAAUAGUGAUGAUGCCCUUGCACGAUGUCGAAAGAUUUAUGCGCAUGCUCAUGAUUUCAACAUAAACUCAGUUUCGAAUAACAGUGAUGGUGAGACCUUUGUUUCUGCCGAUGACCUUAGAAUUAAUUUGUGGAACAUGGAGAUCAGUGGUCAAUGUUUCAAUAUAAUUGACAUCAAACCAACAAAUAUGGAGGAUUUGACUGAGGUCAUAACUUCAGCUCAGUUCCAUCCGGUUCACUGUAAUCUGCUUGCUUACAGCAGUUCAAGAGGUUUUAUCCGUCUAGUUGAUAUGCGGCAAUCAGCCUUAUGCGAUCAUAGUGCGAGGAUCUUACAGGAUGGAGAACAGCAUGGUUCUAAAUCAUUUUUCUCAGAGAUCAUUGCAUCAAUCUCCGACAUAAAAUUUGCAGCUGAUGGCCGAUACCUUAUGAGUCGUGAUUACUUAAACUUAAAGCUUUGGGAUCUGCAUAUGGGUUCUAAACCAGUUGCAACAUUCAAAGUUCAUGAUCAUCUUUGCCCAAGGCUGUCUGAUUUGUAUGACAAUGACUCCAUAUUCGAUAAAUUUGACUGCUGCCUAAGUGGAGAUGGACUUCAUUUUGCUACUGGUUCAUAUAGCUAUCUUCUACGCAUUUUUUCUCGUGGUUUUGGGAGUGCAGAAGGGGUCACGGUUGGUUCUCGUAAAAAUCCGAGCAGGGCGUCUCUGCCUGCCGCUAGAAGGGCGAGGAGGUCGUCAAUAGCCAGCUUGGCGCGUGGAUUUUACCGGCUAGCGCACGAAAAUUCGAGCUCAGUUGCCAAUGAUACUCCUUGCGACUUGAAGCAGAAGUUGCUGCGUUUAGCAUGGCAUCCAACUGACAAUCUGAUUGCUUGCGCCGCUGGCAGCAGCCUGUUCAUGUACCAUGCAUGAAAUGCUCCUUUGACAAACCCCUCAGGAAGCAGUAGAGGAGAAAAACCUUGUACCAAUAGAGCUCAAGAGGUUGGUUCUUCUGUUCCGGCCCCACGCGCAACGUCGACUUCCCCAUUUAUUCGGCAGCGUCCCCGGUCCUGUGGACCUGCACGGGGUCACGAGUCUGAGCGUCUGUUGUAAUUAGCCGCACCCAUCGGGGGCGCAAGUAUAGGAAAGAGGUAGGACUAGAACCAGCCUACAACCGGCACGAGAGCUACGGCUUGCGUAAUUUGCCGUCUCAGUUGUGAAAUCCCUUUCACAGAAGAGAGAACCCAAAAAGUGGCACUUUUCUGACGGUAAUGGGGCAUGCUUAGGGACGAAGGGUUUCCCUAAUAUGUAAAAGUUUUCUUUCUUCAGGAAAUCAGGAACGGAACGCCAUCUAUAAUCAGAAAAUCGUGAUGCCGAGGGGUUUCGUGCCGUGUCCUAUCGUACAAAA